UGAGUGAGGGAGAGGAGAGGAGGAGGAGGAGGAGGGAGAAGGGAACAACCUACCAUCUUAACACACUAAUAUCUAAAAAGUGCGAGAGGCCCAGAGCAGCAGCAGAAGCAGCAGCAGCAGCUCCAGCUUCUUCCCUCCCUCCCCAUGAAGAAGAGUUCCCUCCUCCUCCUCCUCCUGCUUCUACUGCUCAGAGUUCCUGCCUCCAGCUGCCAGGGGGGACAGCCAGCCAGCAGCAGGAGGGGAGCAAGAGAGCUGAAGGAGAGCCAGUUUCCCCAAAAUUGGUUUCUUUACUGCAGGACUUCUCAGAACCUUUAAUAUGCUAAUGUGCAUUGUGAAUCUCCAAGAGGGGGAUAUGAUAUGCAGCAUUCUUGAAUACUUCUAAUGACAGGGAGCCCACUACCUCAUAAGCUGCAGUGAGAAGAGGAAUUUGUUAUUUUAGACGGAGGCUGAAGAAACUGUAGACUUAGCAGACAUAAGAGAAGUGGAGAAGGUGGAGGAUGGAGUUGCAGACUCUACAGGAGGCUCUGAAAGUGGAAAUUCAGGUUCACCAGAAACUGGUUGCUCAAAUGAAGCAGGAUCCACAGAAUGCUGAUUUAAAGAAACAGCUUCAUGAACUCCAAGCCAAAAUCACAGCUUUGAGUGAGAAACAGAAAAGAGUAGUUGAACAGCUACGGAAGAACCUGAUAGUAAAGCAAGAACAACCAGACAAGUUCCAGAUACAGCCAUUGCCACAGUCGGAAAACAAACUACAAACAGCACAGCAGCAACCACUACAGCAGCUACAGCAGCAGCAGCAGUACCACCACCACCACGCCCAGUCCGCUGCGCCCUCUCCCAACCUGACCGCUUCACAGAAGACUGUAACUACAGCUUCUAUGAUUACCACAAAGACACUACCUCUCGUCUUGAAAGCAGCAACUGCGACCAUGCCUGCCUCUGUUGUGGGCCAGAGACCUACCAUUGCUAUGGUGACCGCCAUCAACAGUCAGAAGGCUGUGCUCAGCACUGAUGUGCAGAACACACCAGUCAACCUCCAGACGUCUAGUAAGGUCACUGGGCCUGGGGCAGAGGCUGUCCAAAUUGUGGCAAAAAACACAGUCACUCUGCAGGUUCAGGCAACACCUCCUCAGCCCAUCAAAGUACCACAGUUUAUCCCCCCUCCUCGACUCACUCCACGUCCAAACUUCCUUCCACAGGUCCGACCCAAGCCUGUGGCCCAGAAUAACAUUCCUAUUGCCCCAGCACCUCCUCCCAUGCUUGCAGCUCCUCAGCUUAUCCAGAGGCCUGUCAUGCUGACCAAGUUCACCCCCACGACCCUCCCUACCUCCCAGAAUUCCAUCCAUCCCGUCCGUGUCGUCAAUGGGCAGACUGCAACCAUAGCCAAAACGUUCCCUAUGGCCCAGCUCACCAGCAUUGUGAUAGCUACUCCAGGGACCAGACUCGCUGGACCUCAGACUGUACAGCUUAGCAAGCCAAGCCUUGAAAAACAGACAAUUAAAUCCCACACGGAAACCGAUGAGAAACAAACAGAGAGCCGUACCAUCACUCCACCUGCUGCACCCAAACCAAAACGGGAAGAGAACCCUCAGAAACUUGCCUUCAUGGUGUCUCUAGGAUUGGUAACACAUGACCAUCUAGAAGAAAUCCAAAGCAAGAGGCAAGAGCGAAAAAGAAGAACAACAGCAAAUCCAGUGUACAGCGGAGCAGUCUUUGAGCCAGAGCGUAAGAAGAGCGCAGUCACAUACCUGAACAGUACAAUGCAUCCUGGGACCCGGAAGAGAGGUCGUCCUCCAAAAUACAAUGCAGUGCUGGGGUUUGGAGCCCUUACCCCAACAUCCCCCCCAUCCAGUCAUCCUGACUCCCCUGAAAAUGAAAAGACAGAGACCACAUUCACUUUCCCUGCACCUGUUCAGCCUGUGUCCCUGCCCAGCCCCACCUCCACAGACGGUGAUAUCCAUGAGGAUUUUUGCAGCGUUUGCAGAAAAAGUGGCCAGUUGCUCAUGUGUGACACGUGUUCCCGUGUGUACCACCUGGACUGCUUAGACCCCCCUCUGAAAACAAUUCCCAAGGGCAUGUGGAUCUGUCCCAGAUGUCAGGACCAGAUGCUGAAGAAGGAAGAAGCAAUUCCAUGGCCUGGAACUUUAGCAAUUGUCCAUUCCUAUAUCGCCUACAAAGCAGCAAAAGAAGAAGAGAAACAGAAAUUACUUAAAUGGAGUUCAGACUUAAAACAAGAGCGAGAACAACUAGAGCAGAAGGUGAAACAGCUCAGCAAUUCUAUAAGUAAAUGCAUGGAAAUGAAGAAUACCAUCCUGGCCCGGCAGAAGGAGAUGCACAGCUCCCUGGAGAAGGUCAAACAGCUGAUCCGCCUCAUCCACGGCAUCGACCUCUCCAAACCCGUAGACUCUGAGGCCAAUGUGGGGGCCGUCUCCAACGGCCCGGACUGCACCCCCCCUGCCAACGCCGCCACCUCCACGCCGGCCCACUCCCCCUCGUCCCAGAGCUGCACAGCGAACUGUACCCAGGGGGAUGAGACUAAAUAACAGAGCCCCGCAAGGAGAAGCCACGGGAUCCCGGCGGCAAGGAGAGCAAAAACACUGAAGACUCUAGAAAAGCAAAGCCGGAUUUCUUCUGGAAAGUGCAGAAUUCUUUUGGUUCUUUGGUUCCAGAGAGAGAGGAGAUGCUUGUGCCAGGUGGCACCGGAGUUUGCCAAUUGAUCCUUCUUAUUCUGUGUGUACAUGCGAAGAUUGGACCAUGUUACAUGAAAUAGUGCCAGCUGGAGGUUCUUUGCCAGCACCAUGCCAAGUGAAAUAAUAUAUUUACUCUCUCUAUUAUACACCAGUGUGUGCCUGCAGCAGCCUCCACAGCCACCGUGGGUUUGUUUUCGUUUCGUUGGGUGGGGAGCAGGGACGGGCCGAGGGAGGAGAGCAGGUUUCAGACCCUUAUUUGCCGAGCCGUUUGUUUAGGUAGAGAAGACGAGUCCAAAGAGUGUGUGGGCUUUCCUGUUUCUAAACUUUCACUACUAUAAAACCAAAAAAAAAAAAAAAAAAAAAAAAAAGAAAUCGAGAUUUAA